UUUUACCAGUUUACACUAAACCCUCGAUCUUUUGAAUUACAUCAGCUACGACCCUGUGAAGAAACUCCGGUUGUAGGCAGCGUUCUCUUCGGUCUUCACUCUUCACUGACACGGCGACACUACGGUCGGGAACAAGCCUUUCGCCUUCCGUUUACUAUUCGAAUGCUUUCACUUGCACGGCGGUGCCGGAGAUCUCUCCAAUGUUUCCAGCCGCUUGCCUCUCAACUACAAUCAACGAGAGCUCUCGCCGCGGCCGCCUCCUCUCCUCCAACCCGUAGGCGGUCAAAAUUCACUCCGGCAGUCAUGAGGAAAACCGAUGACAAAUCUGAAUGGUGGGUCGUCGAUGGUGAAAUGCACGAAAUCGGAGAAAACGUGCCGCCUCGAGAGAGAUUCGUUAUACCCAGGGACAACAUCCCUAACAAACGUCGUAAGCAGCUCCGUGAACAGUUUAUGCGCCGCACUCGCCUCGUUCUCAAAGAAUCGGAGCAUGAGCCCUGGUGCAAAAAGUACAUGGAACUAUAUCAGGAGCUUAGAGAGAAUUGGGAGAGGAUAUACUGGGACGAGGGUUAUUCCAAGAAACAUGGUCAAGAACGUGCAAGCUAUGACUCUGCUGAAGACGAUGAUGAAGACUUUUCACCUUACAGAAGAAAGCAACCCCAUGUUGAGGACAUGAAGAAUCAUGGUUUUGAUAGAAAUAGGCGGGGAGAUACAGUGGAAAAGGCAGGUGUGAUCCGAGAUAAGUUUGAAUUUGACCGGGAGAGAAGAAUGAGAGAUAGAGCUUUUGCACCUAUGAAUGGAGGAAUGCCGUUUACAGCACCUGAUUCACCCUCAAGAAAUCAAUCAUUUGAUGCAAAGCGAUAUCUUUCCUCCAGUGACAGCGAGUAACUAUAUGGUCAUCAACAACAACUGUUUCUUUUUGACUUAAUGGGCUUAAUUGAGACACUACUUAUGUAUCGGGUGCUUCUUUCGGACUUAAUGCAUAAAGACGGACUUAAUAGAGCUUUAAAAGUCUUGGUUAUAUUAAGCAAUGACAUCGAUAUUAUUAGAUACUUGUUACUUAAAACAUCAAUAUAAUCAUGUGGUUGUGUUGGAUUUGAAAUUUUCUAACCACUUAGGUGCGUAUCAAUUUGUAUAUGAAUACUUUGAAAUAUGUUACAGUUUGAUUAGCGGAAAACUGAAAGAAAUUCGUUUUCA